AUGCUAGGACGUCUCUUUAAGCAGCAACAACUGCCUGUUUCCACACCGCAUAAUGGGCCUGGCGCCCAGGGACCUCCAAAGCUGGCCACUUCAACGUCAAACAGCUAUGAGGACUCAUAUACUAGAGAGAUCUUGUAUGGUCUGCUGUGUGCCAGCCAGCUACGGCCGCAUACCUUCAGCAGGCGCCGGUUCCGUCUAGUUGUCUCGCAGGAUGGAGGCAAUUUGCGCUCCAAACAGGUGCUUUUUGACUCUGCAGAUCGUCAUGAUACUCCUGCUUCAGGAUCGGGGUGCCAGCUGCGGACUCCGCUGCCCCUGAGACCGAGAUCUCUGCUGGAGCUCCGACUGGCGUCUCUGAUGCGCUCCCCCACGAGCCCCUCGGAGGAGAGUGCAGAGCAGUUGUCUCAAACACUUUCGAUGUUGCAGUUUCUGCGGGCUCUGGUAGCGUCAAAGAAUAUUCUCACGUCGAAGCUUCUUCACAACGUCACAGAGCUCAACGAGUACAUGUUUGGCAGGGGGCUUCCGUCUUCGGAGUCUCACACGGCCACUAAAGUGCAUUUGCUCCCACAGUUCAACUCUGUUCAUGGUUCCUUUCAGGCGGUGUUGGUGACGAAAUUGUUUCUGAUUCCUGAUACUCUGGGAAUAGUCCCUGAACAGCCUCACGACCCAGACCCUUGUUGGGAACCUACACCUACAUUUCCUGUCAGAGAGUCGUCAUAUUCUUUUCCCCUGUCUCUUCUGGCGGGCCAGGCGUCUUCUUCUCCGGAACUUGCCCCAUCGUUGACUGUGUCCAAUAAGUAUACCGUCAACUCUCGCUUUGCUCUCGGCAUAGUGAUCCCAUUUUCACAGGAGCAGUCUGUGGACGAUGUGCUAUUUCAAAAUUGGGAAGUCAUCUCUCACUACUUGGUGAUCUUGCAAAAAUUGGUUACUAAGAAACUUCUUUCCGUCAUAAAAUACUCCACCGUCAACGGCAUGUGUCCCUAUAUAGCCAACAGGCGCAUAUCAUUUCCCUCAGAGCUCUUACAAGCGGACUCGGACCUUCUGCGUCAGGUGCAAAAGCUAUUCAGCCUAGUCCACUACAACUACAAUACCCCUCGCUUGGUCAACUCCUACAGUAUGAUGAAACACUCGGCAUACCACGCGAGCUCUCGUUUCAAUGCAUUUCUUGUGAACUGGGCCUUGGAAGUGAUAAAUUGGUUGGAAUUCAAAGAUGGCAGAAACAUUGUUUCCUCAACCCACUCAAACUUCGCUAGCAAUGCCCACUUCCACAAUUCACAUCCGCACCAUAAUCCUCAUGUCGUUACUGGCUUUAAUGAAGCGGAGGGAACCCAAUCCAAUACAUUUUUAGCAAGCUUGUUUGCCGUUCUACUCCCACUACGGCACCUGAUAGCGGAUAGUCUCCGUGGCUCCAGUAAACCCGGCACUACCAAGGAGAUCACGAGAAUCUUAGUAAUGACAGGCAACUCAAUGGUUGCUAAAAAACUUAUAUUUAUUCUUAAUGGACUUAUACCCGAUAUCCAAUUUGAAAGCUGCAUCAGCGAUGAAGACUAUAAGAGGAGUCUCAAAUAUGCAGAUUGGAAUGAAUCUCAUGAAAAUGACUAUAUCACAACAACAUCAUCUCAAGAAACUUUCUUUAAUCAUAGCCAUUGUGCGUCCGAACGCCCAAGAAGAACGGUGACGCCUUUUUCGGAUCCUACAGCAACCCCAGGAUCGAUCCCGGAAACGACAGAUACUCACGAACUCUCUCGCACCCCAGACUCUGAUCAUACUCGUUUAGCCCAACCUAUACCAAUCAAGAAGGGACAUCUGACUCGCAGCAGCAUUGCAGGCUCCUCGGACGAUUCUCUCUCUAUAUCAGUUUCUUCCCAAAAGGGAUGGGAAGUUCCAGGAAAGGCUGUCCCGGCUGCUAGCGUUUCUUUCGUUGAGAAGCCAUCAAUAGAGACCACGUUAAAUUCUACGACGCAACACAUACCUAUUCAUGGAAAACCUUCAAUGUCUACAUCGUCUUCCAUAGCUCAUUUAUCGUCCUCGCUCAACUCAUCCUUAUCUUCGAGUGCUUCAAAUUAUUCGUUUUCAAAAAUCGGCAGCUCGUUCCUAGAUAAGUGGAGGAACUCCUUUGCAUCCGGCCAGACGUAUUUGCAUGAGCCUCAUCAUUACCACCAUAGUGAAGGUAGCGAGCAUGCUAUAUCCACUGACCUUCAGAAGCGCCCAUCAUUACAGUCCCUCAACUCACCAUCACCAGUUGUCGAGCAAGAGGAUUUCCACUGGGACGCUGCCACAUCAUCCACCGGAAAAAGCAGAAUGAGGUUGUCUAGAGCACAGUCUAUGCUUGAUGUAUAUAAUCUCACUCUGGCGACCGAUGAUCAGCCUCUGCGUGCUACCGAGUUUCCUGCCGUUAGUCUCAGAAGAACAAGAUGUGCCUUGGUGGUUCCACUUGCCAAUGACCAUGCCAGAGGAUUGGACGAAGUAAACAAGGAUACCGUUCGCAAAAAAUGUGAGCGUGUGAUGAACGCAAAGUUCUCUUUUAAAAAAAUGCUGGAAGACACUUUGGAGGUCUCUAUUUCGAAUAGGAAGAAUGAAGAGAAGAUAUACAAACAAAAGCCACUCAUGCCCAACGUUGCGUUUGUUGAUGAGUUUAGGCCAGAAUAUGCUGUGCAACUGUGUCCAGUGAGUCUGAGACUCGAAAACCAAGUGAUGACUGCAAUGAAGAAUGACUUGCUAUUCUAUCAUAAUGAUUGUGACUAUGCUCGUGUAAAAUCUCGUUCUGUGAUGAUCAGCUUGCGUGCCAAGGAGAUCAAGGUCGUUGAAAUGAGUGUUGGAGACAAGGCUGGGAAGCCAAGAUCCGCUUCGGCGCUGGCUGGAUGGACGGCCCCGUCACCAGCUUUCAGCCACGGUCAAAGCACUCCGCCAGUGACAUCUCAUUCGCCAACCACUUCUUAUUUUCAAGAUCACCAUACUUCGAUACAUAGCAACGGGGGUCAUGGGUUAGUUGACGAUUCUGCCAGAGGUGCGAGCUACAAGACCACAAUACGCAAAGUGUUCACACCCCAUCGCAGCAGCGGCGAUAAGGAACUUACAAACAGAAUAGAGCUGCUUCUAGACGCCUUGACGGAGGUUGUCGCCAAGAUCAACUCUUGCAAGAACGACGGUGCCUCUCAGGAGCCUUUGAAAAGUCUCAGUAGUAGACUAUUUGCAACUGUUCAGGGCAUAAUACAGUGA